AACAGCCAGAGGAGCUACGUAGCACGUACACAGUUGUAGAAUACCGUGUCUCGCGCGUGGUAGGAGUUUAAAACAUGCUGCGCGUCUUGAGCCUGUUUGCGCUUAUGGCAGGAAUCUUUGAAGCUAACGGCGAUAUCAUCAACACGAGACAGAUAUAUCUUGAAUGCGCCUCGGAUUUCAGGAACCGAGUCACCUUGCAUUUCUUGGAUGACCCAUCCAAGCUGAAAAAUAAGCUUAAGAAGACCGAAGAAACGUUGCGGACUUGCAAAGUCAAUGAAAAUGGCUGCGAAAAGCUAAGCAAGCUUAAAAAAGUGCCCGACUGCGUACGUAAGGAGGGAAACAAGAUAAAAUACGCAAGCGGUACAGGUUACUUCAGGUACUUGCACAUGAAAUUUUCGGACUGCGUUCAAGAGAGACUGGAUGAAGCGAAUGACGAACCUCUUCGUGGACCUAUUGGUACCAACCUUUGGAAUUCUUUCGUAUAUGCAUUUGAUCAAGGCAACAUCAAGGGAAUAUGAAGUCCGAUAAUUCGGCGAAUAUGGAGCAAUAAAAUCAUUUUAGGCAGCGUUUAUAA